AUGCGUUUCUCCGCUGGCACUCUUCUUCAGGUUGCUCUCUGCGCCUCUACUGUCAAUGCCUUGGCUUUGCCCCAGGUUGAUAUCGAAACCAUCGAGGACCGAGCCGCCGCUGGUGACGACAUGUCUCUCGAGGCCGUCGAGAGCCUUCAGCAGCGUGCCGAUGCUCCACCCUCCGGUGUUUCCGUCUCGCUCACGGGACAUAAGGGUGCGGACGGAAAGUUCGUCGUCGAGCCAGCCCCUGAAGGACAGGACACGCAAGCUCUGCAGAAGCGCGUUAGCCCAGCUGUCGCCGUCAUUGCCGGCCCCGCUAUCAACGUUUUUGCGUCUGUUGUCACUGCGGCUAUCCAUGCCGCUAUUGGUGGUCUUGCCUCCAUGGCUUUCUGGAACCCGGUUCGCGAGAAUUUUACCAAGAACACUGUCAAGCGCAUGUGGGAUAACAACCCCGACCGGGUCAAGUAUCCUGCCGCAAUUUGCUACAACAAGGGCUAUGGCCUUCAACGCCCCAGGGAAUCAUCGGCCUCACCAGUGCCAAGCUCACUCUUGGUGCUCUCAACACCGAGUAAGAGAGCAGUAUUCAAUUCAGGCCACUUAAGCAUCUACUAA